AUGUCGAUCAUCAGCAACAACAACUCCUCCAGCCCCUCCAUAGUGUCUACUAAUGCUGACAUCGGCAACCUCACCAUGGAUCCAGACUGGGCAACAACAGUUGGCUUCCUCAGCGAUGUGAAGACAGCUAUUGCUCCCAUGGUUGCCUUCUUCAAGCUGGAUGAGACAGCUCCUGCAUCCACCUCCAAGGAGGAUGAAGGCAACCAUGCCCCUCCUUCUGAGCUCAACAGGAAGGGCAAAGGCCCCAUGAAGGAGAAAAUGAACCAAAGCACACAUGAGGGGAAGAAAGAAGGGAAGAGGAUGGUGUUAGAGGUGCAAGAGAGUGCAGGGAAGGGGAGCAGUCCUAAGAAGGAGAAACUGGGGCAGGGAAAGGUUUUGUUGGUGCAGGCAACAAAUCUUGCCUCACACCUGCUCCAGGCCUUCAGGGCAAAGUAUGGAGAGGGGGUGGACAUGAAUGAGGAGCAGCUCAAGGAGCUGCUCAUGAGCAAUAGCAAGGAUUCGCCAAAUCACGCACCGUGUGGUCCUGCCCAGGACGGUGCAUCCUUACUUAUUAUCCCUCACCUGGGGCGGGCGAAUGCCAUUCCUGACGCGACGGCUCAUGUGGAUCUCAACAUUAAUGGAAAACCUUUCAAGUUUAAAGGCGUUGGAUAUCAUGAUUCAAAUUUUGGAGACGUCCCGUUGGACGAUGUGCUAGGCACUUGGUACUGGGGCCAUGCCCGUGUCGGUCCAUAUUCACUGGUGUGGUUCGACACACUCGAUAAACAAGGAAUGGAGCAUCAAUCAGGUUAUGCUAUCAAGGACGGUGUCGUCUUGGGCGAGUCCUGUGGUACAAUGUCCGUCCGCCCUGUGGGCCCCAACACAAUCUAUCCACCUGUCCCUUUCCUGGAACCGACUGGGUUCCAUAUCGUAUACGACAUGGGCGUGCACGGGAUUCUAGAGGUGAAUGCCACAAACCACGAGACUUUCGUAUCUCAGCCGACAUACACAAGGUGGAGCGGGAGCACUGUUGGGGGGGAUCAGAGACGAAGAGAUUUACGAAGGAGUGGGGAUUUACGAGUGGCUGGGGGUGGGCCACAGAACGGCAUUGGAAGAAAUUAUACCGUUUAA